UCAUGCGCGCUGCCCGGCCUUUAUAGCGGCCCCGGGAGCCGCGCUUUUCGCACUCGGGCGCAGCGAGGCGGUUCCGGCUCAGGUGCACGCAGCCCCACGACUACCAUGGCAGCAGCCUGGAGCCCCGUUCUCUGCCUCGGUCUGAGUCUGCUGCUGCAGCUGCUGGAGCCCGUGGGCAGCGAGGGGCCCGUUCCCAUUGCUAUCACGUGCUUUACCAGAGGCCUGGACAUCAGGAAAGAGAAAGCAGAUGUCCUCUGCCCAGGGGGCUGCCCUCUUGAGGAAUUCUCCGUGUUUGGGAACAUAGUAUAUGCUUCUGUGUCAAGCAUAUGUGGCGCCGCUGUCCACAGGGGAGUAAUCAGCACCUCUGGGGGACCCGUGAGAAUCUACAGCCUCCCGGGUCGAGAAAACUAUUCCUCAGUAGUUGCCAAUGGCAUCCAGUCUCAGUCGCUUUCUAGAUGGUCUGCUUCUUUCACAGUGACAAAAGGCAAAAGUGCUACCCAGGAAGCUACAGGACAAGCAGUGUCCACAGCACGUCCGCCAGCAGGCAAACGACUAAAGAAAACCCCCGACAAGAAAGCUGGCAAUAAAGACUGUAAAGCAGACAUUGCGUUUCUGAUUGAUGGAAGUUUUAAUAUUGGGCAGCGCCGAUUUAAUCUGCAAAAGAAUUUUGUUGGGAAAGUGGCUCUGAUGCUGGGAAUUGGAACAGAAGGACCACAUGUGGGCCUUGUUCAAGCCAGUGAACAUCCCAAAAUAGAAUUUUAUUUGAAAAACUUUACAUCAGCCAAAGAUGUUUUGUUUGCCAUAAAGGAAGUAGGUUUCCGAGGGGGUAAUUCCAAUACAGGAAAAGCUUUGAAGCAUACUGCCCAGAAAUUCUUCACAGUAGACGCUGGAGUGAGAAAAGGGAUCCCUAAAGUGGCAGUGGUAUUUAUUGAUGGCUGGCCUUCUGAUGACAUUGAGGAAGCAGGCAUUGUGGCUAGAGAGUUUGGUGUCAAUGUAUUUAUCGUUUCUGUGGCCAAGCCUAUCCCUGAAGAACUGGGGAUGGUCCAGGAUGUUGCAUUUAUUGAUAAGGCCGUCUGUCGGAGUAAUGGCUUCUUCUCUUACCACAUGCCCAACUGGUUUGGCACCACAAAGUAUGUAAAGCCUCUGGUACAGAAGCUCUGCACUCAUGAGCAAAUGAUGUGCAGCAAGACCUGUUAUAACUCAGUGAACAUUGCCUUUCUAAUUGAUGGCUCUAGCAGUGUUGGAGACAGUAAUUUCCGCCUCAUGCUUGAGUUCGUUUCCAACAUAGCCAAGACUUUUGAAAUCUCAGACAUUGGUGCCAAGAUAGCUGCUGUCCAGUUCACCUAUGAUCAGCGCACAGAAUUCAGUUUCAUGGACUAUAACACCAAAGAGAACGUCCUAGCAGUUAUCAGAAACAUCCGCUAUAUGAGCGGUGGCACAGCUACUGGUGAUGCCAUUGCCUUCACUGUGAGGAACGUGUUUGGCCCCGUGAGGGACAGCCCCAACAAGAACUUCCUGGUCGUCGUCACAGACGGGCAGUCCUAUGAUGAUGUGCGAGGCCCGGCUGCUGCUGCCCAUGAUGCAGGUAUCACCAUCUUCUCUGUUGGUGUGGCUUGGGCACCUCUGGAUGACCUGAAAGAUAUGGCCUCUAAACCAAAGGAGUCGCAUGCUUUCUUCACAAGAGAGUUCACGGGACUAGAACCAAUCGUUUCUGAUGUCAUCAGGGGCAUUUGCAGAGAUUUCUUAGAAUCCCAGCAAUAAUGGUGACACUUUGACAACUGAAAGAAAAAGGGCAAGGGAACAUUUUCAUAAUACUGAAAUAUUAUAGAGCAUAUUAGGAUCAGAUAUAAAACUAUUGUAUUAAACAUGCCAACAGCUGUUUUAAGCAAAUAAGCAUUCAUUUAAAGCUAAUAGUCUCUAAUUACAAUUUAGACUCAAUUGUUGACUCUGCUGAGGCUUCAUAAUAUUGACCCUUAGGAACUCAGGAAAGGGGAUAUAUUGUGGGUUAAAAUCUUAAAGAGUUCUACUCUAAAAAGCAUAUUAAAUGUGAUUUGCAAAUUCCAUAGCUCAAUAAAAGAAUCUGAUACGUAGCCCAAAAGCAAUAUUCUUUUUUAUCACUCUGUAUGAAAUACAUAAGGAAAAUGAGAAACUUAAAUAGAAAACAGCUCUUUUAGUUCAAAUAUAAAUUAUCUUGACCCAAGUAGAUGUUCCCUUAAACCAGUAAUAGUUGUUACUUAGUAUAUUAAAAAGUUACAAUUACAGAUGAUGAAAUGGAAAGGAAUUAGCUAUCAGGCUUUUUUUGUAUUUUCAUAGUAAGUUAUAAAUGGAAAAAUGACACUAAACAAGAUAGCAAGAUUGCUUAGUAUUUUUCUAUUUAUAUCCUUAAUUUUUAUGUAUAGACAUAUACAACUUCUACUUUAAAAGUCACCUGUGUGCUAAAACAAUGUUAAGUCGGUAAAUUUAUACUUUAAACAUUUAACUUUAAGCAUAUAUUUCAAACAGACUAUAGGAAAAAAUUAUAGUUUUACUAUAUUUAAGCAAUAAAAUUGCUAGUGACUAUUUAAGCUGCCUUACCUUUAUUUUUCUAAGUGUCUCUCUCCAUAGGGCAUGGUAAAAAUUCUACAUUCAAUAAUUCAUGCAGAAAGACCAACUAUAUAUUUUUUAAAUCAUGCAGUAAGAUUAAAUGCUUUUCCUUUCAUUCAAUUAUUGAAUGCUUAUUGUUCUAGGCAUUAUACACAGCCGCUACCAGAUUAAACAGCACAAGAUGUUUUUGGUUACUUGGUUCAACAAAAAUGUUUUAUAAUUAACAUUGUAUUUACUUAAACAUGCUUAUGAAGUUGGUUCCUAAGAAAAGUGAUCAGAAUUUCGUUAAUGUAAUUAUUAUUACCUUACCAAGAACUUUACCCUCAGGUACAGAGAGGCACUAUCAUCCCACCCUGCCUAUCUUCUCUAAAAUAGGACCUGCCCUUCCCAUUAUCCAACUGCACAACCUCUCUCUCAUCACACACUCACUGAUUCCACCUGAAUGGUUUACAACCAGUUGACCUCAAAACUGUGUUAACUGGCUGGAAUGAUAGAUAUACUUCAGUUAAUCUUUUGAGUCUAACCGUAACUGGCUUUGACACUAAGUAAAAAACUUGGCAAAAUGGAGUAUGGGAAGACAAUAAACUGUCCCUCACCCCGCAUAAAAAGUGGCAAACAUGAAUUUACAUAACACAAGAUUUCUGUGUAACUAAAAUGGGUUUAACAACAUGACCUCUCCCAAUACAUAAGGCACAGAUUCUCAGCCAAGAGAACCACUCCUGAAGAAUGUAAACUUAAGGGAAAAGCUGGCCUCUAAUUAGCCCUUUUAAAAAUACUUUUUAAUUCUACAAAGGACAAAGUUUUAAGGUAUCAAGGUAGCCAGGGAAGCUAAUACUCUGGCUUAAAGAGCAGCAAGAAGCAGAAAUGAAUAUUUUAUCAAUUACUGUCAAUUAUUUUUAUAAGCAAACGUGAUGAUGAUAAGAGUUAAUGGAAAAGAAGUAAAAAGGAUU